AUGGGCAUGCACGUGACGACGGAGCAGGUGACGACCCAAGCCGCGGCCAACGUGCUCUUGACGAGCGUGGCCGUGUACUUCCCGCUCUUCAUCGUGCUGAUCCUGCUGUACGAGGCGCUGCGGCCGCGCGUGCCGCACGUGUACGCGCCCGAAAACCAUGCGGACUUCCCCGAGUCCAAGCAGCGCAAGUUCCUGGCCUGGGUGCCUUUCCUCUGGCGCAUCGACGAGGCCGAGGUGGCUGAGAAGUGCGGCCUGGACGCCUGGGUGCUGCUGCGCUUCAUGAAGAUGGGGCGCAAGGUGGCGCUGCUGUGCGUCACGUGCUCGCUGGCGCUCUUCCCCAUGUAUUUCUUCACGGCGGCGGUGUUCGAGGCCCAGGAGCAGGAGAAGCGGCGUCACCACUUGAGCCAGCUGCUGCCUGGUGCAGCGGGAGGGGCCAACGCCACUGCUCUCACCUCCAUGGUCAUGAUCAUGUUGGACGAGCAGAUCGAUGCGGGCAACGGCACAGCCAACGUCCUGUCCUCGGACGGGAAGGUGAAGCUGGACGUCGUGGACAGACUCACGAUCGCCAACGUGGGCAAGGACGACUGGAGACUCUACUUCACCGUGCUGGUCGCAUACGCUAUCAGCGUCUACAUCAUGCGGCUGCUGCUCAACGAGUACACGGUGUACCGCAAGCGCCGCCACGAGUUCCUCAUGCGUAAACACCCGCAGCAGUACAGCGUUGUCAUCUCGGACCUUCCCCAGGCUCAACGGCGUCCGCAGACGCUGCAGGCGUAUCUGGACUUCCUCUUCCCCGACUCGGUCCACUCGGUGUACAUCGGCGUCGAGUGUGCAGAACUAGAAGGGUUGCUGGACAAACGCCAGGAGCUCGUGUACCACCUGUACGCUGCAAAUGUCAAGCUGUCAGAAGCAAAAUCCAAGGCUAGUGACCAUGAUAUCAUCAAGCGACCGAAGGAGUUGAUUGGUCGCCGCUUCUUUGGUCUCUGUGGCGGCGGCAAGGAGGUGGACGCCGUCGACCACUACACGGAGGAGAUGCAAAAACUCGAAGCCGAGAUUGUUCGCGUUCGGGACGAGAUUCUACAGCGUCAGUCGGCCGAGAAAGCCCAGGAAGUCACCAAUCAAAAGCAGUACGGUUCGACGAGUGCCGCCCCUCGUGGGUUUUCUGCCCUGACUGACUUGGCGGAGAAGCUGCGCAGAACUAAGAGCUCGAUGGAUGACCGGCACUGGGGCGAAGAGACCCUGCCGUUGCUACACGUCAGUGUGCCCGUACCGAAACGCUCCAAUGUGAUGCGAAGCUGCGCCUUCGUGAGCUUUCGUAGUAUCCGGUCGGCCCAAGCAGCUCAGCAAUUACUUCAGGUGGAGAAUCCUCGCCGAAUGGUUGUGCUUCCUGCCCCCAAUAUCCGUGACGUGCAGUGGAAAAACUUUGGGCUUCCCCACAAGAUCAAGGCGAAGUGGAAACUUAUCUCAAUGGGGGUUUCUCUCUUGAUCGGGUGCUUCUGGACUGUGCCGACAGCUUUUGUUGCUUCCAUGGCAAGUGUCGAUGAGUUGCAGCACCUGUUCCCGUGGCUUGGCGGAUUCCUGGAGAAAAACCCGUGGCUUCUCAUUGUGCUGCAGCAAACUGCGCCGUUGGUUUAUUCGGCGAUGAACGGCCUGGCAAAUGUGAUUUUCAAACUGCUAUCGACCCAGGAGGGUCACUUGUCGAUAUCGGAAGUGGAAGCCAGCCGCUUCACAAAGCUGUGCUUUUUCCAAGCCUUCCAAAUGUUCUUCGUGUCAGCUCUCGCGGGAUCCAUCAUCACCGAGUUCAUGGUUUUCCUGGAUCAGCCGCGCAUGCUUUUCUUCUUUCUCGGCAACACGAUCGCGAACCAGUCAAUGAUGUUCAUCACCUUCAUUAUCACGCAAUUCUGUGUCGACAUGUCGGUCUUUCUGCUGCGCGUAUCGCCUGUCGCGAUCUCGGCUGCGUACCACCUCUUUGCCCCGAUGCAUGUGAAGCUCCCGCAGCCUCGAGACUGGAUGGGCCUCUGCCCCGUGAACUACCAGACGGAUCUCGAUACUCCUAUGAAUUUGGCGCAGCAGUAUCUUGUUUUCUUGUUUGUCGUGGUGUUCGCUCCCAUCGCGCCACUUGUGGGCUACUUUGGCGCAAUGUUCUUCGCGGUGUCCGAGCUCUCGUAUAAGCGCUGUUUCUUCUUCGUGAACAGCUCGCGCUGGGCAUCGACCAACUCCAUGGGUGUAUUCUGGCCUCCGUUGUACUCGUUCGUCAUUGGCGCCCUCAUCAUCGCCCAGUGUACGCUCAUCGGACUACUGUCCUUGAAAUCGGCUGGGUACGGGCCGAUCGUACUCACGACGAUGCUUCCUUUCAUCACGCUUGUCUUCCAUUGGUACGCUGUCGAUCUAUCCCAUUUGAAGCGAGCCGCUGAGAACCUACCGCUGGACCAGUGCUGCGACGUUGACGAAGAGCGCAAGAAUGAUACGUACGAUUUCUUGGAUGGAGUUUACCAGCAACCAGCGAUGAUCGAGGCAUUCAGGCCGGCUUCGAUCUUAGCUCGCGACCCGGAUAGUGGCGCAGGCGCUGCUAUUGAUGCGACUAAUGUGCAACUUGAGGCCCCUUCGGCCCCUGUGGAACCGCUCAACAAGCCAGCUAAGCCUAUUAGCCAGCAGACGCGGUUGGCGGAGCUGAACAAGGACAAAAAGGACGAAAACAAGAAGUCGGAAUGA